AUGUCUGCACAGGAUAUACCUUGUAGAAAUAAAGAAAAUUUUGAUAAAGCUGAAUUAUUAAUAAAAUUAUAUUACACAAAUAAGGAGGAAUAUUUAUUUACAACAUCAACAAAUAAACAAAUGGUGAAUGAAAAUUUUGAAGAAAUAAAAACCGUAAUUUGUUUAAAAUUGUUAACUAUGAGUUAUAAUUGUCCAUCAAGUAUGAAAAUUUUCCAUAAUAUUGGAUAUCUGUAUCAAAAACAUGGAAAGUUAGAUUUAGCAUUACAAAAUUAUGAGAAAGCACUUACACUUUAUCGCAAUCAUGGUAUUGAUCAUUCUCAAGAUAUAUCAGCAACUCAUGAUAAUAUGGGUGGGGUAUAUUUUGAACAACAUAAAUUUAAGGACGCAUUGCAUAGUUUUGAACAAGCAAUUGAAGAAGGUUUUAAACUAUUACCAGAUAAUCAUUCAUGGAUCGAAGAUUAUAAAAAAAAUGUUAAAACUGUUUCUAAAAACAUUAAAAUUAAAUUGAAAAUUGAUUGA